AUGGACGUUGGAGUGGAAAACGAGGACGGGAGGGUGUUGCGAAAGAGAAUGGAAGAGAUGUCAGGAGAAAGUGUGGUGAGCUCAGCGGUGCCAGCGGCUGCUACCCGCACCACUUCCUUCAAGGGCACGAGCCCCAGCUCCAAGUACGUAAAGCUGAACGUGGGCGGAGCCCUCUACUACACCACCAUGCAGACACUGACCAAGCAGGACACCAUGCUGAAAGCCAUGUUCAGCGGGCGCAUGGAAGUACUCACUGACAGCGAAGGCUGGAUCCUCAUCGACCGGUGUGGGAAACACUUUGGUACGAUACUCAACUACCUUCGUGACGGGGCGGUCCCCUUGCCCGAGAGCCGCCGGGAGAUCGAGGAGCUGCUGGCAGAAGCCAAGUACUACCUGGUCCAGGGCCUGGUGGAAGAAUGCCAGGCAGCCUUACAAAACAAAGAUACUUAUGAGCCUUUCUGCAAAGUUCCUGUCAUCACUUCGUCCAAGGAAGAGCAGAAACUUAUAGCAACGUCAAAUAAGCCAGCCGUGAAGCUGCUCUACAACAGAAGUAACAACAAAUACUCGUAUACCAGCAAUUCUGAUGACAAUAUGUUGAAAAACAUUGAGCUCUUUGAUAAGCUCUCUCUGCGCUUUAAUGGAAGGGUCCUGUUCAUAAAGGACGUCAUCGGGGAUGAAAUCUGCUGCUGGUCCUUUUACGGGCAGGGCCGCAAGAUCGCUGAGGUUUGCUGUACUUCCAUUGUCUAUGCCACGGAGAAGAAACAGACCAAGGUGGAGUUCCCAGAGGCCCGGAUUUAUGAGGAGACCCUCAAUAUUUUGUUGUACGAGGCCCAGGACGGCCGAGGACCGGACAACGCGCUCCUGGAGGCCACGGGCGGGGCGGCCGGACGUUCCCACCACCUGGAUGAGGACGAGGAGCGGGAGCGGGAGCGGAUCGAGCGCGUGCGGCGGAUCCACAUCAAGCGCCCCGACGACCGGGCGCACCUCCACCAGUGA